ACCACGUGGUCGGUUUCUCGUAUGCAAUCGUCUUCCCUCAGUCGCAGAGGAUGGAUGGAGGCGCUGAUGUCUGUCAAGUUUGUACCAAAGCAACAUCUAAAUACAAAUGUCCAGGAUGUUUAUUGAAGUACUGCAGUGUCGUCUGUUUCAAGAGCCAUAAGGAAGGAAAGUGCGAACCAGCGCCACCAGAGCCGACUGUGACCUUGGAGAUCGACACUAAAGGAAACAUAUCGUCACAAAACGUACUCUUCCCAACCGAUGAUACAGUUCUGCCGGAGACUUUGGAGAAGCUAAGGUGCUCGCGUAGACUACAAGCUGUUCUCCGCAACCCCCACUUAAGGGAGAUCCUGAGGGAAGUGGAUAGUGCGUCCAACACAGAAGUCCACAUUGCAAGAGCCAUGAGGGAACCAAUAUUCACAGAGUUUGCGGAUAUCUGCCUGAGUAUCGUAGAGCCUGGAGAAGAUGGGGCCAUUGAGACAGACUCGGAUGAAGAUAUUUGAUAGGAAAAUGUUGGAUUUCAGUGGGGAUAAACAUUUGUUUUGGAAAUUUAGGAAUGUGUGUGAUGAGAUGCAGAUUUGUGGAAGAUUCUUUUGAUAUGCUAAUGUGAAUUUGUUUGGAAAGUGUGUGUGUGUGUGUGUGUGUGUGUGUGUGUGUGUGUGUGUGUGUGUGUGUGUGUGUGUGUGUGUGUGUGUGUGUGUGUGUGUGUGUGUAAUUUUCAGAUUUCAUAACAAAUUUGUGUGAAUAUCUAAUAUGUAAAUUACUUGUAGAUGGUAUUUGUACAGAUCUUUGUAUGUUUUAUAUUAUUUUGCUAUUAAAUGAUUUGUCUUGAAUUUUGCUGCA